UGGGGGCAACAGUCGACGCUUCGCUCUCAGCCCACGAACAAGUGUGUUGCGGUUAUCACUAACCUGUCUAACGAGCACAGCUUUCGGCUUUUCCCACUGCUCUGUGCCUAAUUAAUUAUAUUAUCCAAAUAAAACCGCACCGCCGAGACAUGGAUAUGGAUCACGAUCACGGAUCUGACAAUGCCACUGCAGCCAAGUCCUGCCCCAUGAUCAUGGUGUUUCAUGCCGGACACUGCGAACGCAUUUUGUGGCGCGGCUGGGUGGCAGCGACGGUGACAGAGUUCGUUCUCUCCGCCUUGGCCAUCUUUGUUGUUUCCUUUCUGUACGAGGCGCUGAAGUUCCUCCGCCAGCAUCUGGCCCGUAGAGUGGCCCGCAGGGAGGCGGAACGCCUGGCCGCUGAGCGUCAGAAGAACGACAAUCCCAGUGGAUGCUGUUCGGACACGCCCCUGGCCGAAGUCAGGGAGAAGAGCUACUGGCAACGCUUGAUGGACUCGGCGCACAUUAUCCAGUCGCUGCUGAAUCUGCUGCAGAUUGUGAUAUCCUACCUGCUCAUGCUGAUCUUCAUGACCUUCAACUACUGGCUCUGCCUCGCAGUGGUUCUGGGCCUGGGCCUUGGCCACUUCUUCUUUGGCUGGAACAAGAAGACACCCGACGAGAGCGAGUGCUGUCCCUAGGCGGACAAUGCAGGAUCGAAGGAUGGAUUGGAUCAUCGAUGAUCAGAUGUGUGCGUGUUCUUUUAUGUUAUUGUUAAUUAUGGGAACACCCCCUCCAGACUAAGAUUAGAUGUACCCAAAUAUGCAGUUGCCCCCCGUCCCAAAGGAAUUACCGCAAAGUAAUUACAGAAAUUGUCUAAAAAUACAAUUUUAUUCGAUAGU